AUGGAUUUACCAUGGCAUCCUUUUCAGGACGAGGCCAAUGUGGCGCCUCCCUGGAUCAGACACUCCCGGCUGCAGACGCAGCAGGAGCUCUGCGCGAAGCGGUUCCUGCGCUUCGCCUCCCAGUUGCACGUGCACGCCGUGGUGGUGCUCUGGGCGCUGGGCUCCUGGCGCAGCGGCGUUUGCGCUUGGAGCGCUUGGGCGCCGUUGCUGUACUUCACCGCCCCUGUGCUGUUGAAGCACCGCGUGCUGCCGAACUUUAGUAUCGAAUACCUCUCCGUUUUCAUCCUGGCGUUGAACGUGGCCAACGCGCUGCACCUCUCCUUGGUCUUGGCGCACGAGGGCGCGCUGGUCUUGGCCUCGCCGCUCUUCGCCUCAGUGGCAUUGUGCCGGGUGCUCUUUGGGCUCUUCACUCAGGAGGUGCACCUGCAUGUGCUGCUGAGCUCCGGCAUCACAUUGGUGACGCUGUGGUGCAACCAGGCUGGCAGGGUCAUCCUCGUGACCUGUCUGCUGCUGGAGCUGACAGCUGUGGUGGUCUUGUCCUGCGGGCCUUGCGGCUACGAAGAGGCGAUGGUGCACUUGGCGCAAUGCCGACUGCAGCACCAGUUGGCGCGCAGUCAGGCUCUUCAGCGCAUUGACGUGGAGAGAGAAGAGCUGAGUGGCCAGCUGCUGUCCAUCGCCACUGAGGGCAUUGCGGAGCUCACCGCCUCCGUGCAACGCGCUUCAGAGCCGGUGCUCAACAUGCUGAAGUCCUCCUGCGCCACGGGCACCAAGUCGGCGCAGGAGGCGGAUCGCAUCGGCCGCAUUGGCGAGGCCUUGCAAGCUGAAGUGGCAGAGCUGUUGCAGUACAAGACCCAGGCCACCUGGCAAAGGCUGCAGGAGCGCGCCAAAGAGCGGCUGCAGCAGUUGGAGAGCUACUCCGCCGCGCAGCAGGCCAUCUCGGAGGCGAUCUUGAAGUCGGUGCAGAACGGUAUCGGCAGGUCUUUGGCUGAGAUCCACAAGCUGGAGAUGGAGGCAGAGACCUCCAUGGCGCAAUUGGUGCAGGGCGAGGUGAACCGUGCCAUGGAGAUCGCGGACGCGCGCAUGGACCUGGUUCGGCAGUCCGCGCAGGCCAUGGAGCGCCGCGUCUCCGACACUGUGGAGGUCUUGUUGUCUUUGCUCAAGUACUUCCGGUCCAAAGGCUGCGACGGACAGGCGCCGGCUUCGGCGCGCCGGACCCUGCGCACCGCGAGCUCUGGCUCCGGCUCCGGAAGCUCCCGGCGGCGGGAGGAGGCGUCCUUGCCGGCCAUUUUCGAAGCCAGUCAGGCUGGCCCUGAGGAGAUCCCGAGCCCAACCGAGGAGUCACGGGAGAAUGAGAAGGACCCAGGCCCAGGCUGGCUACCCCCAGAUCAGGAGACGCGGCAGCUGCCGGGCGGCCGCCUGCUGCUGCUGCCCCGGCGCCGGGACCCCGACGCGGCGCCGGAGCCGCCGGCUCCGCCGCCGGAGCCGCCGGAGCCGCCGGAGCCGGAGCGUCUGUCCUGUUCCAGCAUCGAGGGCGAGAAGGCCAGCGCAUCACCAGGUCAGAGCACGAGCGCUACACGCAGGAGCCCCGCAUCUCAAAGCGAAGCGCCCUUCAGCCGCGGAGGUGUGUGUGUGCCACGGGCGGUGAUCGAGCGGCAUCCGCUCUUUGCUACCCGACUUUGCUACAGGUCUGAGGACUUCUUCUUCUCCUGGGCCUCAUCUGCCGACUUCCGCGCCGAGGCGGACGCGUUGCGCCAAUGGCGGCGCGCAGCGGUGCUCGCAACACCAGAGGGAGGUACCGGCUCCAGCGAGACGGAAAGCGGCGUCCGGUGCUGGACGAGUCGACGUGCCGAGGAGCUUUUCGGGAUGAAGGAAACUAGAGCGAACAGGACCAAGUUGAUGCCCUUCGCGAGAGUGAGUGCAGGACCUCCGGGCGAGCUGCCGGUACCGCGGCACAAGGCCAUCUUGACGGCCCUCGAGUCGCUCAGCGAGGCGCAGCUCCAGAACCCGGUGCUGGCGCGGGCCUGCAAUGCCAAGAUGCUGCCGCAGCGCCUGCGGGAGCGGUGGCAGGCUUUGGGCUUUUCGGACGUGCCCACCGCAGUGGAUGCGGAGCCGGAGCAACGGAAGAGGCAGCGGAUGGAGCAGAUGCGCCAGCGCCAGCAGGCAUUGAUGCGGAGAAUGCAGCAGCAGCAGAAAGAGUCGGUACAGAGCCUCGACAUCGAAGGCGAGGACGACUCCGUCGUCGAGGAUGCUUGGCAGUGUGCGACCUGCCGGGAGGCUGGCACAGCCGAUGAUCCCCUCACGAUGCUUGCAGCGGUCGGGCCCUUCCAGGGCAAGUCCAGCCACCUGGGCGGCAGCCCAGGCUUCCCGCGCUUCACCUCCUGUCGACACAUGGUGCAUGCCUCCUGCGGGGAAGCGCAUUCUCGUGAUGUGCGGAGCCAGGGGCAAGGCCAGCACUUCUUCAUGGACACGUCGCGGGGGGAGUUCCCUUGCCCCAUGUGCCGGUCCGUGGCAAACUGCUUGGUGCCCUGCGUGCCAGACAAGGAUUUCCUGGAGGCACCAUCUUCCUGGGAUGAGGCCGUCCCUUUGCAGCUGCGCGCGCCGGGGAAGUUGGCGAGGCCGCUGCGGCGCUGCGGCAACGCGGCGCUCAAGGUCUCCCAAGAAGUGGACGCCGCAGCGGCCGAAGGCGCCUUGCUGCGGGGCGCCUGCGCGGAGCUCGCCACCGCGGCGCACGGCGCCCACGGCGCCCUGGCGCCGGGGCCCCCGCCGCCGCUCUACGCGGCGCUGCUGCGGGGCGCCGCGCUGCUGAGAUACGAGUCGAGAUCCAAGACGCCCGGUCAGGAGGUGUGUGCGCCAUUGGACGAGGGCCAAGUACUGCAGCGCCUCGCGCAGCCGUCGACCUGGCUGGCGGAUCCCCGGGUCUGGUGCCGGCUGCUGAUUCGUGGCGCUGCCAAGGCCAGUGCGGCUGUGGUGGUGCAGCCUGGGUUGUUGAGCGUGCUCGCCUGCCCGCCUCUGGAUGCCGUGGCCGUGGAGGUGAGCGGCUGCCAAGUCGCCUUCUAUUUGGUGGACAGCUGCAAUUUGCAAUCCACGGAGAUUGAAGAUGCGGAGCGCUUCAGACCGUGUGCGCCCUGCUGCGCCGACCUCGCCGCGCGCUUUGCGGAGACGUCUGAUGCAGUCUUCGUGCCAACUUUGCGCUGCGAAGAGGUGCCAAAGUUGCUGGAGGUGCCUCUAGCCGAGAAGCGCCAGCUCUUCAUGUGGAACAGUGUCCUGGUUGUGCCCGACUUCCUCGAGCGCAGCGAGUGCCACGUCUUCAUGGACGCAGCGGACCGCGCGGCCGCUUCGGGGAGCUCCGCGGGCAAGUUCUACUCCAACCAGCCGGGCUUGAACCGGUAUCCAGUGCGAAAGCUGGACCUGGAAGCCCAGAUGUUGUCCGACUCCGUGAUCAAGGACCGCCUUCUGCCAUUCCUGGAGCAGCAGGCCUUCGCCCGCGAACUCUUCGGCCACGACAGGCUCAGCGACCUCAAGGCAUUCUUCUCCCCGGGCGAGCCGGCAGUGAACAGGUAUAUCAUGGGCGGAGGAAUUGCGCCACACAUCGAUCGGGAAGCGGUGACGCUGAAUGUGCUGCUCUCCGAGCCCGGCGCCUUCGCUGGGGGCGGCACCGCCUUCUGGCCCCAGGAGGAGAAGAAAGAAGAGCAGGAAGAGAAGGACGUGGUGAUUCUACGGCCUAUGCAGGGGACAGCGAUUCUCUUCAACGGCCAAAUCACCCAUGCCGGGCGCGCGGUCAGCGAGGGCGUGCGCCAUGCCUAUGUGGCGAGCUUCAGCCUUGUGAGCCUCGAGUAA